AGGAGGCUCAGAGGAAGCUGAGGAGACAGAGAGGAGAAGACACAGCCCUCCCCCCCCCUCUCCCCCCCCCUCUCUCUCCUCUCUUCAGUAGCUUGGUGAACCUCCUUCAGUCUGACCUGAUGCUCGCUCUGCAGGGGGCCGUGCUGCUGUGGGCCGGAGAGCCCAGUGGGGGGGUGUGGACAGAGGCCAUGCUACAGAGGGUGCUGCACCUGGUGGGUCUGGCUCUCCUGGAGGAGCAGCAGCAGCUGGAGACCAGAGGAGAGGAGGACGUCUCCUUCAGAUACAGCUGCAAGAUCACCCGUCCAGGCGAGGCCCCCAGCCCCUCUGGCAGUGUGCUGGCUCUGCUGGAGAGUCUGCAGAACGCUCCACACCUGGAGGUCCACAAAGACAUGAUCACCUGGAUCCUGAAGAUGGUGGCUAACGUGAAAACCAUGAGAGAACGAUCGUCCUGCAGCUCCACCGUCACUGUGAGACCAGGACAAGGACUGGAGGAGACGCUGCGCGACAGAGAUCAGUUGGAGAGGAAGAGGAAGGCGGAGAUGGCUCGGCUGCGGAGGGAGAAGAUCAUGGCUCAGAUGUCCGAGAUGCAGAAACACUUCAUCAACGAGAACAAGGAUCUGUUCCUGGAGGCCUCAGGGUCCACUGCGGAGAGCAGUCCCCCCAGGUCGGACCCCCCCUGUGUGUCUCAGGUGUGUUUGGGCCCCCGGAGGUCAGGUGCAGCGCAGCGCCGUCAGCUGGUUACCUGCAUCCUGUGCCAGGAGGAGCAGGAGGUCAGAGGUCAGGGCAGAGCCAUGGUGCUGGCUGCCUUCGUCCAGAGGUCCACCGUCCUGUCCAAGAACCGCCGCCGCAGCUUACCUGAGCCAGUGCACUACGACCCUCUCUUCAUGCACCCUGAUUUGUCUCUGGGGACACACACCGCCAGCUGUGGACACAUCAUGCACGCCAACUGCUGGCAGAGGUACUUUGAGGCGGUGCAGGUGAAGGAGCAGCGGAGGCAGCAGCGCCUCAGAGGACACACAAGCUACGAUGUGGAGCACGGAGAGUUCCUCUGUCCGCUGUGUGAAUGCCUGAGCAACACCGUGAUCCCCCUGCUGCCCCACACACACUCACCUGGCCACAGUGUGGAUCAUCCCAGUCUCGAGACGUGGCUUGAAACCACCAAUCAGCAGAUCGCAGCACUAUGCUCCGCCCACAGGAAGCAGUCUGGUGUAGAGGGGGCAGAGCCUGAGGUUCCUGAAGGCUUCAGAGUGGACUUUACUCCCCAGAACCCCUUCUCCAGCAGCAUCAGUGAGAUGAUCACCACCUUCAGCAUGUCUAUAUAUAAAGUGUCUCUGAAGCUGAACCCCAACGAGCAGGACCCCCGAGUCCCUGUGCUGAGCUGGGCCACAUGCGCCUACACCAUCCAGAGCAUAG